AACUCUUCUCCGCUUCAACCCGCUGACCGGAAACCCUCAACUUUACCCCCUCCCCAAUCAACAAAAAAAAACUCGGAGCAGUCUCGCUCUCGCCCGACUAAUCGCGCGACUAAUCGGCGGGCUCGGGAUUGUUUUCUUCUGGUAUCGGUUUUUUUUUAAAGAGUAAAUUUAAGUGGAUCUUUAUUUUUAAGUGUCUGGCCGGCGCUAAAAAGUUUUCUGAGGAAAUUUUUAAUUUUGUUUUUUUUGUUGUUGUGUUUGUCGGUGGUUCCAAGAUGGCGCAGUGAGUGAGGCCCCGCUGCCGCCGCCAUUUGCAGCCGCGCCGACCGAGCGAGCAAGCGAGCCGAGAGCCCGAGUAAACGCAGCCAGGCCAGGCCAGGCCGCCUCCUCUCUCGUCUCCUCUCCCCCGACCUCCCCGCCGCCAUCCUCCCCUCCCUUCCCCAAUUCACCCCCUCCCCCCAUCUCGGCCUCUCUCUUAUCCCACCGGCAAGGCAGCGCCAUGUUCAGGCUACACGGAGGAGGAGGAGGAACAGCGGCAGCAGGAGAAAAGUGAGCCGAGAGCCGGGGACAGGCCGAAGACAGACAGACUCGGGGGGGGGCGAAGCCUGAGAGGAACCGGAGCGGAAGCGGAGCAAACACUCCUGAAGUGACCAUCGGGCCUCCGGAUUCACCCGUGAGAACACUUAGCAGAAGGCGAUCCCUUCCCUCCUCCAUCGUUUUUAUAUAUAUUUAUGAAAGAGAGAGGAAAGCGCUGAAACGAGAAGAAAAAAAAUUCUUUUUCCAGUAAAAGAAAGGGGAAUAAUGACCAUUUCCCGCUUUCCUCAGCUGACCGCCCCGACCAGCAAUGAAUCUUGACUCGUUAUCGCUGGCCUUGUCUCAAAUCAGCUACCUUGUGGACAACCUGACCAAGAAGAAUUACAAAUCCAGCCAGCAGGAGAUCUCUCAUAGAGGAAGCCAUGUGUUCAGGAUGGCAGACAUCUCGGGCAUCUAUGUGGAAAAUCUCGUCAUCGGAGGAAAUACAACAGAAGUGGAAGAAUGGGGAGAGAUUGUGAACAGGCACGGCCCCGAGGCAGACAGAUAUUUGUUACGCUGUCUAUUCUCGCAUGUGGAUUUCAGUGGCGAUGGUAAAAGUAGCGGCAAAGAUUUCCAUCAGACGCAGUUUCUGAUUCAGGAGUGCGCGUCGCUGAUUACCAAGCCAAACUUUAUCUCGACGCUGUGUUACGCCAUUGACAAUCCAUUGCACUAUCAGAAGAGUCUGAAACCUUCACCCCACCUGUUUACUCAACUUAGUAAAGUGCUCAAGUUAAGCAAAGUCCAAGAGGUUAUCUUAGGCCUCGCCUUGCUGAAUUCUUCUAGCUCAGAUCUGCGAGCGUUUGCUCUCCAAUUUGUGAAACAGAAGCUUCCUGAUCUUCUGCGAUCCUACAUUGACGCAGACGUGAGUGGGAACCAAGAAGGUGGCUUUCAGGAUAUUGCAAUAGAGGUCCUGCACCUGCUCCUGUCCCAUCUUCUUUUUGGGCAAAAAGGAGCAUUUGGUGUCGGACAGGAACAGAUUGACGCUUUCCUUAAGACAUUGUGCAGAGAUUUUCCGCAAGAGCGUUGUCCUGUGGUGCUUGCACCACUGCUAUAUCCUGAAAAACGGGACAUUCUGAUGGAUAGGAUUCUGUCUGAUUCGGGAGGGAUAGUGAAAACGACGAUGGACAGCUCACUAGCAGAUUUUAUGCAAGAAGUAGGCUACGGCUUUUGUACAAGCGCUGAAGAAUGCCGUCAGAUCAUUUUGCAGUUUGGAGUUCGGGAAGUGACAGCUUCUCAGGUUGCCAGGGUAUUGGGAAUGAUGGCUCGGACGCAUUCGGGCUUGACUGAUGGCAUUUCCUUACAAUCUAUCUCAGCCCCUGGAAGUGGAAUCUGGAGUGAUGGAAAGGAUAAAACUGAUUCUGCACAGGCCCAUACUUGGAAUGUAGAAAUAUUUAUUGAUGUUGUGAAAGAUGUGAAUCCAAACCUAAAUUUUAAGGAGGUGACAUACGAGCUGGAUCAUCUAGGAUUCACCCUUCGUGACAGCAAAGGUCUGCAAAUUGUAGUAUAUGGAAUCCAGAAAGGGAUGGGGAUCGAAGUCUUUCCUGUUGAUCUAAUUUACCGGCCUUGGAAACAUGCAGAAGGACAGCUCUCCUUUAUUCAUCACUCAUUAAUGAACCCAGAUGUCUUCUGUUUUGCUGACUACCCAUGUCAUUCUGUUGUGACGGACAUUUUGAAAGCCCCUCCAGAGGAUGACAACCGGGAAAUUGCUACAUGGAAAAGCUUGGACCUCAUUGAGACGUUACUGCGCCUUUCAGAGCUUGGACAAUAUGAGCAGGUCAAACAGCUCUUCAACUUCCCCAUCAAACACUGUCCAGAUAUGUUGGUGCUGUCCUUACUCCAGAUCAAUCCAACCUGGCACACUCUGCGACAUGAGCUGAUUUCCACACUGAUGCCAAUUUUCCUGGGCAAUCAUCCGAAUUCUGCCAUUAUCUUGCACUAUGCGUGGCACGGACAGGGUCAAUCUCCCUCAAUCCGACAACUGAUCAUGCACGCAAUGGCAGAGUGGUACAUGCGUGGUGAGCAGUAUGAUCAGGCCAAGCUCUCACGCAUUCUAGAUGUAGCUCAAGACUUGAAGGCAGUCGUCGGGAGUGAGAUGGACUUCUCUUCGCUUGGCUGGAUGAGUAUGGUACCAACCACACGCAAGAAAAUUGACAGCAUCCAGGGCAAGGCCUUGUCUAUGCUGCUAAAUGGUACUCCGUUUGCCUUUGUUAUUGACCUUGCUGCACUUGCAUCUCGCCGAGAAUACCUCAAACUUGAUAAAUGGUUGACUGAUAAAAUCCGCGAACAUGGGGAACCAUUUAUCCAGGCAUGUGUUACGUUCCUGAAGAGACGGUGUCCUUCUAUAAUGGGUGGGCUGGCUCCUGAAAAGGAACAGCCCAAGAGUGCUCAACUUCCUCCUGAAACACUGGCUACCAUGCUGGCUUGCCUACAGGCUUGUGCAGGGAGUGUGUCUCAGGAGCUAUCGGAGACUAUUCUUACAAUGGUGGCUAACUGUGGCAAUGUCAUGAACAAAGCCCGCCAGCCACCUCCAGGAGUAAUGCCCAAGGUCCGCGCACCUAGUACCAGCAGUAUAGAAACCAUGUCGCCUGUACAGAUUGAUCCUUUGUCUGGCAUGGCUUCAUUGACAAUUGGUGGACCAGCUGCAUCCCUCACUCCGAGUAUACAGGGUUUUACAGCUAACCUGAGUUCUGCAUUCAACACCCCACAAUCACCAGCGAAAGCCUUUCCUCCACUUUCAACACCAAACCAGACAACUCCCUUCAGUGGUAUCGGCGCUCUUCCGUCCCAACUUCCAGGAAGUUUGGGCACAGGGAGUUUGACUGGCAUGGGAACUGGUGGACUUGCACUACCAACUGUGAACACUGACCCUUUUGGGCAGCGAAAGAUGAGCACAUCUGGACUGAACCCACAAACAUUCCAGCAGACUGACCUUUCUCAGGUAUGGCCGGAGGCAAAUCAGCACUUUAGCAAGGAGAUUGAUGAUGAAGCAAACAGUUACUUCCAGCGAAUUUACAACCAUCCACCCCAUCCUACCAUGUCUGUUGAUGAGGUACUGGAAAUGCUGCAGAGGUUUAAGGACUCCACUAUUAAGCGUGAAAGGGAAGUUUUUAACUGCAUGCUUCGUAAUCUGUUUGAAGAGUACCGGUUCUUCCCCCAGUAUCCAGAUAAAGAACUGCACAUCACAGCCUGCCUAUUUGGUGGAAUUAUUGAAAAGGGCCUGGUCACAUAUAUGGCAUUGGGACUUGCACUGCGCUAUGUUCUUGAGGCUUUGCGUAAACCGUUCGACUCCAAGAUGUACUACUUUGGUAUUGCUGCACUAGACAGAUUUAAAAACAGAUUGAAGGACUAUCCUCAGUAUUGUCAACAUUUAGCUUCUAUUGGCCACUUUUUACAGUUUCCUCAUCAUUUACAGGAGUACAUUGAGUAUGGCCAGCAGUCCAGAGAUCCUCCUGUGAAAAUGCAGGGUAGCAUUACAACUCCUGGCAGUAUUGCUUUAGCUCAGGCUCAGGCUCAAGCACAGGCUCAGAAUAAGACCCCUAUGGCCAGACAGGUCAGUGCCAUAGUAACCACUUCCACAACCACCACAGUCACCAAAGCAACGACAGUUACCAGGCCGACUGGAGUGAGCUUUAAGAAAGAUGUACCGCCCUCUAUUAACACAACAAACAUAGAAACAUUGUUGGUGGCUACAGACCAGGGUGAGAGAAUAGUGGAACCACCUGAGAAUAUUCAAGAAAAAGUAGCAUUCAUCUUCAACAACCUCUCACAGUCCAACAUGACACAAAAGGUGGAAGAGCUAAAAGAGACUGUGAAGGAUGAGUUUAUGCCCUGGGUAUCUCAAUAUUUGGUUAUGAAGCGGGUUAGCAUUGAACCAAACUUUCACAGUCUUUACUCAAACUUUAUGGAUACACUAAAGAACCCCGAGUUUAACAAAAUGGUGCUCACCGAAACAUACAGAAACAUCAAGGUACUGCUAACAUCAGACAAGGCUGCGGCAAACUUUUCAGACCGAUCGUUGUUGAAGAACCUGGGACACUGGUUGGGUAUGAUCACCCUGGCCAAAAACAAACCCAUCUUGCACAUUGAUUUGGAUGUGAAAUCAUUGCUGCUGGAAGCUUACAUGAAAGGUCAGCAAGAGAUGCUCUACGUUGUCCCGUUUAUUGCCAAAGUUUUAGAGUCCAGCGUUAGGAGUAUGGUUUUUAGGCCUCCAAAUCCUUGGACAAUGGCUAUCAUGAAUGUAUUAGCUGAGCUACAUCAAGAGCACGAUUUGAAGUUAAACCUAAAGUUUGAGAUCGAAGUCUUGUGUAAAAAUCUGGCUUUGGAUAUCAAUGACUUGAAGCCUGGAACGUUAUUGAAGGACAAAGAAAAAUUGACAAGCCUAGAAGAACAGCUAUCAGCUCCAAAGAGAGAGUCCAAAAUACCUGAGGAGCUACCAGUAGUUGUCACCACUGCUGUAUCAGUGACUCCAGCAACAACUACCACAUGUACCGCCACUGGACCUCCACAGCCACAGUUCAGCUAUCAUGACAUCAAUGUAUAUUCACUGGCUGCCUUGGCUCCUCACAUUACAGUCAAUCCAAAUAUUCCUUUGUUCCAAGCCCAUCCACAACUGAAAUCAUAUGUUCGGCAAGCAAUAGACCGUGCUGUGCAGGAGCUUGUUCAUCCUGUCGUUGACCGGUCAAUCAAAAUUGCCAUGACCACCUGCGAACAGAUAGUCCGAAAAGACUUUGCCCUAGAUUCUGAGGAAUCACGGAUGCGAGUUGCAGCACACCACAUGAUGCGUAACCUGACUGCUGGGAUGGCCAUGAUUACGUGCAGGGAGCCUUUACUAAUGAGCAUUGCUACAAACCUAAAGAACAACUUUGCCACUGCUCUACGGGCUGCAUCUCCACAACAGAGAGAGAUGAUGGAACAAGCAGCUGCCCAGAUAGCACAAGACAACUGUGAGCUAGCAUGUUGUUUUAUUCAGAAAACAGCUGUUGAAAAAGCAGGUCCUGAAAUGGAUAAACGACUUGCAACAGAAUUUGAACUUCGGAAGCAUGCCAGACAGGAAGGUCGACGAUACUGUGAUCCUGUAGUACUGACCUACCAGGCUGAGCGUAUGCCUGAGCAAAUCAGAUUAAAGGUGGGUGGUGUAGAUCCUAAACAACUGGCUGUGUACGAAGAGUUUGCACGCAACAUCCCAGGAUUUCUACCCAGCAAUGACAUUUCACAGCCCACAGGCUUCUUGGCCAAGCCCAUGCAGCAAGCUUGGGCAACUGACGAUAUUGCACAGAUUUAUGACAAGUGCAUCACAGAAUUGGAGCAACAUCUGCAUGCAAUUCCACCAUCUCUGGCCAUGAACCCCCAGGCUCAGGCACUUCGCAAUUUAUUGGAAGCCGUGGUAAUGGCCAGGAAUUCACGUGAUGCUAUUGCUGCUCUUGGCCUCCUGCAGAAGGCCUCCAAUAAUCAGCAGGGAGUAGAGGAACAAAUAUGUAAACAAAUUGCAAAAGAUGCCGUGGAGGGACUGCUGGAUGCCACGAGUGGUGCUGACCCAGACCUCUUACUUCGAUACAGAGAAUGCCAUUUGUUGGUUUUGAAAGCGCUGCAGGAUGGACGUGCCUAUGGAUCUCAGUGGUGUAACAAUAAAAUCACUAGGUGCCUAAUUGAGUGCCGUGAUGAAUACAAGUAUAAUGUGGAUGCUGUGGAAUUGCUCAUUAGACAUCAUCUAGUGAACAUGCAACAGUAUGAUAUUCACUUAGCCCAGUCAAUGGAGAAUGGCCUGAACUAUAUGGCUGUAGCUUUUGCCAUGCAGUUGGUAAAGAUUCUCUUGGUGGACGAGAGAAGCAUUAGCCAUGUUACCGAAGCAGAUUUAUUCAACACUAUUGAAACACUUAUGAGGAUCAGUGCUCAUUCCAGAGGAAAUGCACCUGAAGGAUUGCCACAGCUCAUGGAUCUCCUUAGAGCUAACUAUGAAGCUAUGAUGGAUCGUGCACAUGGAGGCCCCAACUUUAUGAUGCAUUCUGGGAUAUCUCAGGCCUCAGAAUAUGAUGAUCCACCAGGGCUUCGGGAGAAAGCUGAGUAUUUACUGAGGGAAUGGGUAAACCUUUACCACUCUGCAGCAGCUGGACGGGACAGCACCAAAGCAUUUUCAGCCUUUGUUGGGCAGAUGCAUCAGCAGGGAAUUUUGAAGACUGAUGACCUGAUUACGCGUUUCUUCCGCCUAUGCACUGAAAUGUGUGUUGAGAUUAGUUACCGUGCACAACAGGAACAGCAGCACAAUCCCACUGCCAACCCUACGAUGAUCAGGGCCAAGUGCUAUCACAACCUUGAUGCUUUUGUCAGAUUGAUAGCCCUGCUGGUUAAACACUCUGGAGAGGCUACCAACACUGUCACUAAAAUCAAUCUUCUCAAUAAGGUACUGGGGAUUGUAGUCGGAGUACUAUUGCAAGAUCAUGAAGUACGUCAGAGUGAGUUUCAACAGCUGCCAUAUCAUCGUAUCUUCAUCAUGUUGUUGCUGGAGUUAAAUGCCCCUGAGCAUGUGCUGGAAACUAUCAAUUUCCAGACUCUGACUGCUUUUUGCAACACAUUCCACAUUUUGCGGCCCACUAAAGCUCCUGGCUUUGUCUAUGCCUGGCUGGAACUGAUUUCUCAUCGGAUCUUCAUUGCAAGGAUGCUAGCGCAUACACCUCAACAGAAGGGCUGGCCCAUGUAUGCCCAGCUGCUGAUUGAUCUAUUCAAGUUCCUGGCUCCGUACCUGAGAAAUGUGGAGUUGACAAAACCUAUGCAAAUUCUUUACAAGAGGAUUGUUUUAUAUUUACAGGGCACGCUCCGUGUCUUGCUUGUCCUAUUGCACGACUUUCCCGAGUUUCUUUGUGACUACCAUUAUGGCUUCUGCGAUGUGAUCCCACCAAACUGUAUUCAGCUGCGUAACUUGAUCCUGAGUGCCUUCCCACGGAACAUGCGACUGCCAGAUCCAUUCACGCCUAAUUUAAAGGUGGAUAUGCUAAGUGAAAUCAACAUUGCUCCCCGAAUAUUAACCAACUUCACCGGAGUGAUGCCACCUCAGUUUAAGAAGGACUUGGACUCCUAUUUGAAGACACGUUCUCCAGUGACCUUCCUGUCAGAGUUGCGCAGUAACCUGCAGGUAUCAAACGAACCUGGUAACCGGUACAAUAUUCAGCUAAUCAACGCCCUGGUGCUGUAUGUGGGAACGCAGGCGAUUGCUCACAUCCACAACAAGGGCAGCACGCCAUCCAUGAGCACUAUCACACACUCUGCCCAUAUGGACAUCUUCCAGAACCUGGCUGUGGACCUAGAUACAGAAGGUCGAUACUUGUUCCUGAAUGCCAUCGCCAAUCAGUUGCGAUACCCAAACAGCCACACCCACUAUUUCAGCUGUACUAUGCUGUAUCUGUUUGCUGAAGCCAAUACAGAAGCAAUCCAGGAGCAGAUCACCAGAGUACUGUUGGAAAGGCUGAUUGUAAACAGGCCUCAUCCUUGGGGACUGCUCAUUACCUUUAUUGAGCUUAUUAAAAAUCCAGCCUUCAAGUUCUGGAACCAUGAGUUUGUCCAUUGUGCUCCUGAGAUUGAGAAGUUGCAACAUUAUACCUCUCUCCAAAUAUCUGACCUGAGCCCCAGGUUGUUCCAGUCUGUAGCUCAAUGCUGUAUGGGACAGAAGCAGGCACAACAAGUAAUGGAAGGCACUGGCGCAAGUUAAAACGGUGAAGCAAUACCUCCUUGGAGAAACAACAUGGAAAGAGUGAUGGGCAGCCUGUGUUUUUCUUGAAAACUGUCAUUGGUUGUGUAACUUGCUGGUUCUUCCAAUCAAAUGCAGUCAGCUGCAUGAGGCAGACAUAGGAACAGUGGUCGAUGAAGAACUGAUUUCAUGUUGGACAUGUUUUAUUUUUCAUUUGUCACUUGGCCAAAAAAAACAAAUGCUGUGAAUAUCAUUUGAAAUGAUAUAAAAAUGUAAAUAAAAGGGAGUGCAACCUUAAACCGGACUAUCUCCAUCUGUGCAAAUUGUAUUAAACUGACUUUUAUCCAGUUAUUACCGGUGUUGGCAGCUGAUGACACAUUGAAGCAUGUCUGGGAUAGAUUCCCCGCCGUUCCAAAUUACAGCCAAGCCACAGAUCCUCGAGAGUUGUCACAGGAGCUGCUCUUUAUUCGAUGCAUUUUCCCCACUUUGUUGGGGUGGGGGAGGGAGAGAAGGAAAGCAGUAUUGACUUUUAUUUGCCAGUUUUCUUGUAUAUUUAAAGUCCUCCAGCAGAUUAGCAUGGAGGUCAGUAUGGUUUGCAUAAAGGUUUUUAUUUUUUAAGGUGUUUGUGUUCAAGAUGAGCCGCUCCUUCUGUCCUUUAACAAGGGGGUGUCCAGGCUGAUUGUGGCGUUCACUAUGUUAAUGCAAAGGAAAAUAAAAGGUUCUCCCUGAAUUCUGUAAAUUGUGGGAUAAAAAGAGCCAGUUUUGCGGCAUGAAGUCGAUUAAGUUUGUAAAAAGAAACCAAGGACCAAUACAGGCCAUUUUGUAAGGAUUUUGAAUGUUGUUUUGUAAAUGUAUUGGUCCAUGUGUUGUAUUUUGUAGUCUUUGUAGUUUCCUUGGCUCUAGUUCUGCCACUUAACACUCUUGUAUGUAAGCAUAUUGUAGUUAAUGCAUUAAAACCCAUGUCAUGCAGCAA